GCAGCAGGCCGUUGAAGCGAGCUGACCCCUCCGUCUCGGAGAUGGUGGCGGAACACACACACACACACACACACACACAGAAUUCAAUUCCCGCCGACUCCUUACCGCGCUUUUUGCGUAAUUCUCUCUCUCGAUGCCCACGUUUUCUGCUUUUCCUCGCAAAGCGCGCGGGAACUUCUGAGGGCGGUCGAUGCUGUCGGCGGCGCCAUCGCCGUUGUCGAUCGCUGGUCAUUGCCGUCGUGGAGAUCGUCAUCAUUUAAUAUAAAUAUUUAAUCAGCUGGAGGAGGAAACAGCGGAAGCAAAGUUCGAGUGACGUACUCUCAUCGGAGGACUUCGCUUUAUGCAUCUGACCGCUUUUACAGCCCCGGUGGAUGCACGCGGCCGUAGUUACCUGGUGUGAGCAUGCCCUUAGUGACGUACUGAGGGAAGGAGUAGGGAGGGAGGAAGGGAGGGAGAGAGGGAGGGAAGGACGCGGUUAACUCCCAUGUGUUGUGUCUCGUUCGAUGUUAUCGAUGAGAACACCAUAGCCAUCGAGCUCCGUCGUUGUUGCUAGAACGGGCGGCGGCGGCGGCGAUGCCGACCGCUUUUACGGCCACUCCGUGUAGAUGCACGUGACGGCAAUUACGUCCACAUUCCAAGUUGAUAUAGUCCCAGCGUGAGCAUGUCCUUAGUGACGUACUGAGGGAGCGAGGAGGGAGGGGAGGAAGGAAGAAGGAAGGAGGAGGUCAGCUCUCAGCCGUGUCUCGUCCGAUGUUUUCGAGGAGAUCGCCAUAGCCAUCUAGCUCCGUCGUCGUUGUCAAUGCCUACGGCAGCGGCGGCGGCGGCUAUGCCGAGGUCCUCCGCGCCGGCGGAGUCGCCGAUGACGUCAUCAACGCCAUCGACGACGACGACCACCACAGCAACGACGGCGGGGAAGAAGAAGAGCCGCCGACCGAAGGAGAACCCAUUCUUGCAGCAAGAGCUGCCUGCUUGUUAUCCUGUCGUCACUAUCAAUGUCGCCAUAGCUUUUCUCUUCGGCCUUGGUUGUUUGCUUAUACCUAUUGGCGCCAUAGCUCUUUUCGCUUCCAACUCUAUCGUUGAGGUCGUCAGUCGUUACGAUGAUGCCUGCCUAACCCGGUUUCCUCCCAAUUCCAGUUCCACCACUUGCGAAUUAUACCUAUCGAUUCCGAAGACGAUGCACAAGCCCAUCUACAUCUACUACGAAUUAGAUAAUUUUUAUCAAAACCAUCGCCGUUAUGUGAGCAGUUACAGUAGAGACGAACUGCUAGGUUUAAGUGUGAGCAGGGAUUCGAGGGAGAGAUCCUGUCGGCCACAAGAUGUGGUCCGCGGGGUCGAUGGCAAUCCAAUACAGCCGUUGACUCCAAUUAUCCCCUGCGGAUUGAUUGCAUGGAGUAGGUUUAAUGAUAGCUUCAGCUUCGGAUUUUCGAGAGGAAUGAUCUCUGAAUCUUCCUCCCCCCUGAAUGUCAUCAAGGAGGGGAUUUCUUGGAUCUCGGACAGGGAGAAAUUCAGUAACACCCCGUUUGUAGAGAGUGAGGGGAAUGAGAGCGAGAGCGCUCGGAUCGAGCGGAGGUUCGAUGGCGCGACCUUGCGGGAAGACGAAGAUUUGAUGGUUUGGAUGCGGAUCUCGCCGUUUUCGAAAUUUCGCAAACUGUGGGGGAAAUUGGACAGGACGUUGAGAGAGGGAGACAAGUUGCAGGUGAAUAUCAGUAAUCAGUACAACAGUUAUGGGUUCAACGGGAAUAAGAAACUCGUACUCAGUACAUCGGGAUGGCUAGGAGGGGCGAAUCUCUUCUUAGCGGCGGCGUAUUUGGUCACGGGUGCCUUCUGUCUCUCAGCGUCCGUCUGCUUCCUUUUCCUCCGAUGGCUGUUUCCGCGAAACUUCGGAGAGGAAUCCAAUCUGUCGUGGAAUUGGCUGCGUGCAGCGAACGAUGGCGUCACGGAGGUGAUUAUGUUCGGGUGAGGAGGGAGCUGUGUGUUGUGUGUGUGUUGCGGAGGAUGCUGCUCAACGAAGCUGAGCGGACAGGGGAUGGCGGACCCGUUGGAAGUUGCGCGCGGAGAUCGGAGAAAGGAACCACACUCUGCAAUCGGCGACGGGGGCGGGGGGCCGGGGGCGCGGGGGGAGGUGUGUUCGUCUCACGACUCACGAACGCGGACGGCGGGAAUUAAUUGGUAAGAAGAUAAGAACAAUGUGUGUGUGUGUGUGUGUGAGAGAGAGAGAGAGAGAGAGAGAGAGAGAGAGAGAGAGAGAGAGAGAGAGAGAGAGAGAGAGAGAGAUUCUAUCACUCUGUAUUUAUUCCAUGUAUGUCUAUGUAGGACAGUAGGCGAGAGAGAGAGAGAGAGAGAGAGAGAGAGAGAGAGAGAGAGAGAGAGAGAGAGAGGAUUGCAGCAGGCCUACUUCAUGUGCUCUCCUUCGUGGUUUUUGGCUGGGGCCUGGGGUAUUGGUUUGAGCUUUGGCCCGGCGUCCCUGUGACCGGAAGUUUUUUCACGGUAUCGACGACGGUAACCUUUUUUUUUUUUUUUUUGAGCUUUUCACAAGGAGCUUAUAUAGAUGUGUACAUUAUGACGGUGCUAGUUUAGACCUUUUUUGUUUUAUACAAAAUGCGGUGAUGGCUGCAGUUACUCAGCGAGCAAACCCCACAGCGGAACUUUCUUCGACCUUUUCUUUAGGUUUUUUUUUUUUUUUUUUUUGUGCGUGGAAUCGUGGAUAUAAGUCCGCGGACGAGGGCUCAGAAAUAUCGAAAUAAAAAAUAUCGACCUUU